UUUACUAAACAAAGACGGAGUAAAUCUCUUUUUAAUAAUUUCGAUAUUUUUUUUACAUUUUUAACCAAUUAAAAUUUUAAAAAGGCAACUAUUUAAACCUGAAAUCCUGUGUAAAUGGAGUCAGGUAGCUGAUCCACGUAUCAUUACAUAAUCGAAAAUCCAUUAUUGUAUCUGUGAUUAUUUUAACGUCAAAAGGAACAUAAACGCCCCUCACGCAGCAAAAUGAGUGAGCCAUCAGCAUCAAGUUCUGUGGAAACUCUCGCUACUGCGUCAUUGGAUGGCGAUCAACCGUCACGUCGUUUCUUCACUUUGGAGCCUGUGGUGCUUUUACUCUUCUUCGCCUACAAUUUGGGAGCUACUGUCUUCGUGGAUCAAAUAAUUUUCCAAGUUUGCGUGUCCGAGCUCAAGUAUAAUUUCAGUGAUUGCGUCGUUUUGGGCACAAAUAAUGAAAGCGAAGCCGUUCAGGAUCUCGAAAAACGCGUGCAACCCUACGUCACCGAUCUAAUAAUGACAAAAUCGCUCGUCGAGGCGCUCGUUCCUGCAUUUUUGAGUCUCUUUAUUGGACCAUGGAGCGAUAUUUUCGGAAGAAAACCCAUAAUUACCGCAUCUUUGCUGGGAUUUUUCCUCACAUAUUUGCUAAUUUGCAUUUUGUGUGCGUUUUCAGACGUUUACAUCAUCAAUCCGUGGUAUUAUGUACUCGCAUCGAUACCCGUAGCGACCCUGGGCGGUGUUUGUACGAUGAUAACGGGCAUUUAUUGCUACAUUGCGGAUAUCACGACGGAAAAAAAUCGCGCAGUGAAGAUGGGUGUCGUCGAAGCCGCCUUAUUUGUGGGACUUUUGCUCGGAUCUGGGCUCAGCAGCUACAUUUACGCCUUAACAAACACGACAACAGUCUUUGGAAUCGCCGCAGGAGCCGUUUUAAUCGCAUUUUUGUACACAAUUUUCUUCAUUGAGGAAAGCAAACAGAUGAGCGAACUCGAUUCUCGUGCCUCGAUGUUCCGCGAGCUGUUUCGACUCGAACUGGUACGCGACAUGUUUGCAGUUUGCUUCAAACGGCGUCCAAAUCACGAUCGCGCCAUCAUUUGGAUGGUCAUGAUAUCGCUCGGAUUCUCAAUUUUCAUCAUGGAAGGCAAUCAGCAGGUAUUUUUCCUGUUUGUGCGCGACAAGUUCGCAUGGGACGUCCGAAAAUACACAAUUUAUGCGACAACUAACACAGUUUCGCUCAUUUUUGGUAACUUGAUCGCCAUGUACGGCUUGAAAAAGUUCUUUAAAUUGUCAGAAACGACUUUGGCGAUCAUUGCCUUCUCGAGUUGCUUCUUGGAUUCGAUCAUUUCCGCCGUGGCUUUCAUCUCGUGGCACCUUUAUCUGGGAAUUGGACUUACUUUGCUCAAAGGAUUGGUCUCCCCCAUGUGUCGAUCCAUCCUGGCAACCACUUCGGAGCAUUCCAAUACGUCAGGAAACGAAAUUGGCAAGUUAUAUUCGUUCACAACUUCACUUGAGAGCCUUAUGCCGAUGGCAGCUGUCCCACUUUACACGCAAGUUUACAAGGCAACGCUGGAAUCGGGCUUUCCAGGUGCUUUUAAUGUCAUUUCGGCAGUAAUUUAUGCUGGAAUCAUCGUUUGCAUGGUGCUUGUGAGCGUUUUUCAGCGAUUCUAUCAUCCCAUUAGUUACUCAAAUGUUAUUGUUAAUAGCUAAAAAGUACGUGACACAACCGAAUCUCAUAAAAUAAUUAGCUUUAGAGUACAAAUAAUUGAAUUUACGCCGUUUAAAUGUAAGAAAAAACGAUUUUUUGCACGAAAAACGCCUUCAUUCUCUGCUAAAAUUAGAAAAAAUUAGAAUUAAGUAUUAAAAGUUCGAAUAUUUUGAAUUAUUUUUUAUUUUUAAU